CAAGGUAGCAGAAGCCACUGAUUUCCUGUCACCUGGUAUCUGUCAGAGAUCCCAGGCCUGGACCAUCUCACUCACUCGCUGUGUGCUUGAGAAAGUAGCUGUCGAACUGAACUCAGCAGCAAGCAUCCGAAUCCUCCCUUGAGCCCUAAAGCCUUGGAGACUCAGGAGUCUGGAGGGUGAAAUGACGACACCCAGAAAUUCGAUGACUGGGGCUGUCCCAGCAGAUCCCAUGAAAGGUCCUAUUUCCAUGUAUCCUGUCCAAAGACGGAUUCCCAGGAGGGUGCCUUCAAUGGUGGGCCCCACCCAAGGCUUCUUCUUGAGGGAAUCUAAGGCUCUCGGGGCUGUCCAGAUUAUGAAUGGGCUCUUCCACAUUGCCAUAGGCGGCUUCCUGUUGAUCCACAUGGAGGUCUACGUACCGAUCUGUGUAAUUCUGUGGUACCCUUUCUGGGGAGGCAUUAUGUUUAUCAUUUCCGGAUCACUCCUGGCAGCGGCGGCGGAGAAAAACUCCAGGGAGAGUUUGGUCAAAGGGAAAAUCAUAAUGAACUCGUUGAGUCUCUUUGCUGCGAUUUCUGGAGUAAUUUUUUUGAUCAUGGACAUAUUUAAUAUCACAAUUUCCCAUUUUUUUAAAAUGAAGACUUUGAAUUUUAUUAAAGUUCCCACGCCAUACAUUAACAUACACGACUGUGAACCAGCUAACCCCACUGACAAAAACUCUCUAUCUAUGAAAUAUUGUGACAGCAUACGAUCUGUGUUCUUGGGCAUUUUUGCAUUGUUGCUGAUCUUUGCUUUAUGCCAGAAACUUGUGACAGCUGGCAUUGUUGAGACUGAAUGGAAAAAAAUGUGCUCCAGACGCAAAGCUAAUAUAGUUCUCCUGUCAGCUGAAGAAAAAAAAGAACAGGCAAUUGAAAUAAAAGAAGAGGUGGUUGAGCAGCCUGAAAUAGCUCCCCAACCAAAGAAUGAAGAAGACAUUGAAAUUAUUCCAGUCCAAGAAGAAGAAGAAGAAACAGAAAUAAACUUCCCAGAACCUCCCGAAGAGCAGGAAUCCUCACCAAUAGAAAAUGAUGGUGCCCCUUAAACUACUUUUCUGUUUUCCGUUUUCCUUUUCUUAAGCAUCAGUGUUCACAGCUUCCAGGAGACAUAGUUCCCCCCACUUCUGGAGGUACUCUGCCUGCAUCCUGCACAUCUCUCUCUGGUCUUUACAUGGAGUGACCACAGCUCCCUUCUCCCAUCCUCAUUCAGAGAGUGAAUUAUAUAGGCCAUUGUAGCAGAUCGUGUCGUCGUGUUUCUUGUUUAGGACAGUUUUCUUACAUUAAAAGAAAAGGCUGAAUAAGGGCUGCAGAACGUGAUUCCUUAUUAGCCUUUUCCUUGGGUAAGGUAUAGUAGUAGUUGCAGUAGUUGCAGUAGUAGCAGCAAUAGUAGGGUUGGUUUGGGUUUUUUUUGUUUUUUGUUUUUUGUUUUUCAUUUUUCCCUUUGCAGUAUGGAGACUCCACACCAGGCGAAAAAAAAAAAGUGUUCCAUGCCAUCCCUAAACUGAUCUAAACUCCUUCCACAUCUACAUUUUUUGUGCAGUCUCUUUAGCACCACUGUUUUAAGGAAAGUAAAAAAAUAAUAAUAAUGAGGUACAAUAAAGAACCUAUUCUGACUAUGUUUCUAUGGGGCUGGCACUGUGGUCUCCACACCCCAUCAGUGAAGCUCUAAGGAGCCAGUACUCAGCCUUGUCUUUGUACAAAGAGCACUGGUUUUACAUGGACAUGACGUCACUCUCUGUCUUAACUUUCCCAAACUCCUGCUCUAGUCUCUUGUCUUGCACUGUCUACCUACUUUCAGCCUUUCAUCAAGAGAAGAAAGAAUGAAAGAAAAAAAUGCCACCAUGAGUACCCAAACUGCAUAUGGUAAUCAAUACUUGUAUUUGUAGAAUAUUUUCCAGUUCAUAAAGUAUUUUAUCAAAUAAUUGUGAUUGGUCUUCCAUGAUCAAGGAAAAAAAUCCCUAUCUCUAUUUUACAAAUGAUUCAAAGAGGCCAAGUAGCUUGUAAAUAAGGAAAGGUAAUUUGUCAAUGGUCACAGCUAGCAAUUUUGAGAGCCUUGUUUCAUACUCAGAUCUUCUUAUUCAAAUGCUGUCAUGUUUGAAAUAAACAAAUUGCCUAUCCAAUGCCUGCAUAAAUCACUAGAGAGCCAUGUCAACAGGUUUUAUCAAGCACCUACCCCCUGAGUAGCACGAAACAGGUGUUGAGAGAGACAUACACAAGAGUCAGAAAUCAGGUUUUACCCCUUGGUGAUAAAAAGACUUAGACGUUCACAAACUUCAAAGAAUCAUUCAUAUAUAAUUAGCUGUCAGAUUAUAUAAUGCAGACACUAAGUGCUACAGGCAUUCUGAGAAAGAUCAUACUUGAAAACAGCAUAAUUAGUUACAAUGCCAAACCGUAGGGAAUAGUUACCCUACUUCCCGAUUCUUGCUCAUAUUUAGAGAUACUAGUACUUACCUACACCUGGAAAGAUGUCACUAUAAUCUAUCAACUACAUUUGAGCAUUUGCUACAUGCUGAGUGCUACCAGACUCUGGCAGGUAUAUAGACAAUGUAAUUGCCCCCCUCUGUGAUAUUUCCACUUUGUUAGGGUCCACCAAUGGAAGACAGUUCCUGUGAUUAGAAAAAAAAAAAAGGAAGUGGGAUAUUUUCUGUCUAUGUAACAUCCUCAAAAUGGCUUUAAAUGAAUAAAACUGUAUUUGUGUUCUUGUCAGCAA